AUGUCCGGCAAUCCUUUGGUCAAAAAAUUUGUUCAAAUCACAGAAGAAUCUCUGCCUCCUGUAUAUGCCCAAUUUAUAGUUGGUAACAAUUCCUAUGUUUUAAUGCAGCAGGAUAUACGUAAAAUUGAAGAUACACGUUUCUUAGCCGUUAGCAAAUUGCUUCCAAAUGGGGAUUUUAUGCCAAUUGAUGGCGCUGCAGUUGACUUAUUACUGCAGCUUAUGAGAAUGAGAAAUUUGAAUAUAAUCCUUAAUCAUGAUGAACCAAUGGAUGUAUCACCACCUUCAAAGUAUUGCAUAGAACAACAAUUGAAAUGGGAUAAAUGUACCAACACUUCGUUUCCCAGAUGGUUUCUGCUGUAUCCUCUGGACAAUAGUAGCGGGAAAGAUGUUGUUUCCACAUCAUAA